UUCAAACAUGGAAGGUUCAGGAUUUAUGAAUACACAGACCUAUCAACCACCUCAUGGCGCUUUACCUUGGCAGAAUGAAGGUAUGAAUUUCAAUGACAUGCCCACAUGCAGAGAUAUUCCAAUGCAGUCUCAAACCUUGAAUCAGAUCAGUUUUGAAGCUCAUAAAGAUCAGCUCACAGAACAAAUAAGGUUUGUAGCAGAGACAUAUUGAAUCUGUGCUCCAGAGAGUAAGUAGAGAUUAACACUCCUGAAAUUUCACCUUGAUAUGCUCCAUUAUUUCUCUAGAAUAAAUUGAUGAAAUCCUAGUGCAACUUACUGGAGGAUAUCUUCCUCCUCUUCAAAUUCAUAAUUUUUCGAAUUUGAUAAGCAAUGUAUGCUAAGCAUUGUUCUUUUCGCUUGUUAACUCUUUUUAUAAUACAAAGAAUGCUUAAUGUUGAGCAGAUUUACUCCCAGCCAAAAAAUCUGAAUGAAGCAAUGAGGGCCAACACUAUGGGCUUCUAUUCUAGAAAUGAAGAAGAGAAAUAUGCUUCUAGAUAUCAUUACGACCAUCAUAAUUCAUGGAAAACAAGGAACAUUAUUCAGAACCAGACUUCAAAGACGAACGUAGAUAACCUGAAGGCCUUGGAAGGAUAUCCUUACUCAAGCUUUGUCCAGCCAAAUGAUAAGAAUGGAAAGAUGGUUAUGGUUUACAAGUGAGACUUUCAUAAAUGCAACAAAACUUUCAUGAGGACUUGGAACUUACUAGACCACAUUAGAAUGCAUUAUGGAGUGAGACCCUUCGUCUGUAAAUUCUGCGGGAAAGGAUUUACCCAGAAGGGAAAUAUGAGAAAGCAUUUAAUUCAGCAUGAGAAGCCUCAACUUAGCAAUAGGAAAAAGUUCAAAUGCGAAUAUUGAAACAGCAGCUUUACUGAAAGAUAUAACUAUAGGACUCAUCUUGAGAAGAAGCAUGGAAUCGUGCAAAAGAACCAAAAGUCUUCAGGAGCUUCACAGAAUUCAUACCUAUAUAAUCCUUAAAUAAAAUUUUGGUUAAAA